UGCUUCGGGAUGACGGCGGCUUCGAGUACAAGCGGGCCAUCGUGGAUUGCAUCAUCAGCAUCAUCGAGGAGAACCCCGAGAGCAAAGAGACGGGCUUGGCCCACCUGUGCGAAUUCAUCGAGGACUGUGAGCACACGGUGCUGGCCACCAAGAUCCUCCACCUGCUGGGCAAGGAGGGGCCCAGGACCCCCACCCCUUCCAAGUACAUCCGCUUCAUCUUCAACCGAGUGGUGCUGGAGAACGAAGCCGUUCGAGCUGCGGCCGUCAGCGCUCUGGCCAAGUUCGGGGCUCAGAAUGAGAAUCUCCUGCCCAGCAUUUUGGUGCUCCUGCAGAGGUGUGUGAUGGACAGUGAUGAUGAAGUCCGAGACCGGGCCACUUUCUAUCUGAACGUCCUGCAGCAGAGACAGCUGACUCUCAAUGCGGCCUACAUCUUUAAUGGUCUCACCGUCUCCAUUCCCGGCAUGGAGAAAGCCUUGCACCAGUAUACGCUGGAGCCUUCCGAAAAGCCUUUUGACAUGAGGUCCGUGCCGCUGGCCACUGCCCCCGUCUUUGAGCAGAAAGUUCGAUUGCACCAACACCCUCAACGACCAGCUUUUGGAAAAAGUGACGGUUCAGAUGGAGCCUUCGGAAGCUUACGAAGUUCUCCGCUGCAUCCCGGCACCCAGCCUUUCGUACAACCAGCCGGGCAUGUGCUACACCUUGGUGCGCCUGCCUCUGGACGAUGCCACCGCAGUGGCCUGCACGUUUAGCUGCACGAUGAAGUUCACAGUUCGAGAUUGUGACCCCAACACUGGUGUGCCGGAGGCCGACGGUUACGAGGACGAAUACGUGCUGGAGGACCUGGAGCUGACUCUCUCCGACCACAUCCAGAGGAUCCUGAAGCCGAACUUCGCGGCCGCCUGGGAGGAAGUGGGCGACGACUACGAGAAGGAGGAGACUUUCGCACUCAGCACCAUUAAAAGCCUGGAUG